AUGGCUAAACUAGUCGAGACAUUUCCUUGCGUUCCAUCCACAGAACGAGGUCGAGGCAUUUUGAUCUCAGGCGACCCUAAAUCAGACACCAUUCUUUACUGCAACGGCCGCUCCGUCUUGAUCCGGAACCUCCAGCGACCUCAAGACGUCGAAGUAUACGGAGAGCAUGGCUAUGCUGCUACCGUGGCACGUUACUCACCCAACGGGGAGUGGAUCGCUUCCGCUGAUGUCUCUGGUACGGUUCGAGUUUGGGGAACACACAACGGGUUCGUGCUGAAGAAUGAGUUCAGGGUCCUUGCUGGUCGGGUCGAUGAUCUCCAGUGGUCCUCCGAUUGUCUUCGGAUUGUCGCUUCCGGCGAUGGGAAGGGCAAGUCGCUUGUUCGAGCCUUCGCAUGGGACUCUGGCAACACAAUGGGAGAUUUUGAUGGACAUUCUCGUAGGGUUCUAAGUUGUGCCUUCAAACCAACGAGACCUUUUCGGAUUGCUACAUGUGGGGAAGAUUUCUUGGUCAACUUUUACGAUGGACCACCUUUUAAGUUUCACUCUUCUCACAGGCAACAUUCAAACUUUGUCAACUGCAUCAGAUAUGCACCUGAUGGUAGUAAAUUCAUCACUGUAAGCUCUGAUAAAAAGGGUAUGAUUUACGACGGUAAAACAGGAGACAAGAUUGGUGAAUUAGCCUCAGAAGAUGGUCACAAAGGCAGCAUUUAUGCUGUUAGCUGGAGUCCAGACAGCAAACGGGUGCUUACUGUCUCUGCUGAUAAGUCUGCCAAGAUAUGGGAGAUAUCUGAAGAUGGAACUGCUGGUUCUGUAAUAAAGACAUUAACGUUUACAGAAUCUGGUGGAGCAGAAGACAUGCUUGUGGGAUGUCUUUGGCAAAACAAUCAUCUCAUUACAGUGUCUCUUGGCGGUACCAUGUCCUUGUACUCUGCAGAUGAUAUGGAUAAGCCUCCAUUGUUGUUAUCUGGACAUUUAAAGAACGUCACUUCUUUGGCUGUUCUUGGGGAUAACCAGAAGACGAUUCUGUCUUGUAGCUAUGAUGGUCUUAUAGUCAAAUGGUUACAAGGAGUUGGUUACAGUUGCAAGUUACAAAUGAAAGAUAACACCAAGAUCAAGAGACUAGCAGCUACUGGAUCUAACAUUCUCUUAACCGGUUUUGAUAACAAGGUCUGGAGAAUGCCUUUAACUGACAACGGAUUCGGGGAUGCAGAUCAUGUUGAUAUAGGCCAUCAACCUUUGGACAUAAGCAUAGCUAUUGAUUCACCAGAGUACACAACACUAGUCUCUUUUGAGUCUGGAGUUGUGUUGCUCAAUGGUCUGAACAUUUUGAGCAAGAUCGAUCUUGGUUUUGUGGUGUCAGCCUCUGUGAUCUCACCUAACGGUAAAGAAGCUAUUGUAGGAGGACAAGACGGUAAGCUACACAUGUACUCAGUCUCAGAAGACAAUAGCCUCAAAGAAGAAACUGUGUUGGAGAAACAUAGAGGUGCUGUGACAGUGAUACGCUACUCUCCUGAUUUAACAAUGUUUGCUUCUGGUGACGCCAACCGCGAAGCUGUUGUCUGGGAUCGCGAGACCAAACAGGUGAAGCUAAACAACAUGUUGUUCCACACUGCUCGUAUAAACAGUUUGGCAUGGUCACCAAACAACAAGAUGGUAGCUACUGGGUCUGUAGACACUAACGUCAUUGUAUAUGAAGUGGACAAGCCAGCUUCGAGUCGCAUAACCGUAAGACACGCUCAUCUCGGUGGAGUUAACGCAGUCGCCUUUGUUGAUGAGUGCACCGUAGCAAGUUCCGGUGAAGAUGCUUCGGUUCGUAUGUGGCAUAUUGAGCCUCAAUGACCCAAACCAGACUUCUUAUUACAUCUUUUCAGUAUCAUCCUUUAAAGUUGUAGUCUCUAUUCUAAAUAGAAAAGUCGCUUGUUUGUACUGCAUUAAGCUAAGUAUCUUAUCAAAUGCUAGCUUAUCUAUAGUCAUGCGUUCGAGUACCGAAAUUUUAUAUUUUGUCCA